AUGUAUAGGAUUAUUGUAUUAGCAUACCUAAUACGAGGAUUGACAGGCUAUGAAGAACUUAUCGGACAAAAACAUGUGAAUCCUGAAGUUUAUAUGAAUGUUAGUCAGAUGAUUUCUCAUCAAGGCUACCCAAGUGAAGAAUAUAAAGUCUUGACAGCGGAUGGCUAUUAUCUGACAAUAAACAGAAUUCCACGGGGAAGAAAAAACAUUGCAGACAUAGAUGGAAAGCCUGUUGUCUUUUUGCAACAUGGCAUUUUUGGAGAAGCCAGUCACUGGGUGGAGAACAUGGCCAACAACAGUCUUGGUUUUAUACUUGCGGAUGAAAACUGUGAUGUUUGGCUGGGAAACAGCAGAGGAACAAGCUGGUCUCAAAGGCACCGGAGUUUCUCAGUGGAUCAAGAGGAUUUUUGGAAUUUCAGUUUCCAUGAAAUGGCCAUGUAUGAUCUUCCAGCAACAAUAAACUUUAUUUUGAAGAAAACUAAAAAGAAACAAUUGUAUUAUGUUGGCCAUUCUCAAGGCGCUACUAUUGGCUUCAUAGCAUUUUCAGCCAUGCCAGAACUAUCUCAUAAAAUCAAAAUGUUCCUUGCCUUAGCUCCUGUGAUCUAUGUUACACAUGUCCCAGAUCUUCUAUUGAGAUUGUUGUCCUCUUUUCCUCAACAUCCAUUCAAGCAAAUAUUAGGCAACAAAGAUUUUAUGUUUACUCACAAGCCUAUGAAAUACUUCAUGAAGAACUUAUGCACAAUUGAAUUUAUGCAUCAAUUAUGUUCACAUCUCAUUUUCUUACCUGGUACUUAUAAUGCAACAAAUCUAAACAUGAGCCGAAUUGAUGUAUAUGCAGCUCACUAUCCAGAUAGAACAUCAGUUAAAACCGUCUUACACUGGAAACAGAUACUGGAUACAGAAAUGUUCCGCUAUUUUGAUUAUGGGAACAAAAAUCAGAUGAUAUAUAAACAGAGAGUUCCUCCUUCAUAUCAAAUAAAAGACAUGGUGGUACCAAUUGCAGUGUGGUCUGGGGGACAGGACACAAUUGCAGACCCAGAAGAUAUAGAGCUCUUACUUUCUCAUAUUGUUAACUUGGUUUAUCAUCGCUCUUGGUCAGACUGGACCCACUUGGAUUUUAUCUGGGGACUCAAUGCUCGUGAACGCUUGUUCUUCAAAAUAAUUCAGUUGAUAAAGAUGUCUAUGUAAAUCAAUGGUUUGCUGUAUAUUUACAU